GCUUGCUGUCAAAAUGAACAAAGGACAGAAAAACAAAGUUGAUUGUGUUUUUGUUAAAAAUUUUUUAACACUUUUAAAAAGAUUACCGAUUACCGGCAUAUCAUAGGUAAGAAACCGAUAGACGAUGGCCGUAAUAAUUAAUGAAAUGGGGCAAGAAAAUAUAGACGAACCAUUUAAAAUAAUUGACAUUGAGCAAUUAGAGCAAAACAGUAUUUGCCAUAAUUGCCAUAAAUUAUUAAAUGUUAUACCUAUUUAUGGUCUUCAGCAAGAAGAUGAUACAAUACAUGAAGUAUGUGGCCGAUGUCUUCACAUAGCCGAGAAACACAAAGGGGUAAAAUGGAGGCAAAUCUCAUAUGAAAAGAUAGCACAACACAUGACUUUCCCCUGCUGUUAUAAAAUGGAGGGGUGCAAUUCGGUGCUAACUUGGGAUACAGUCUUAGAUCAUGAAGUAGGAUGCCCCAAAGCCUUUUUGGUCUGUCCGUUUAAUGACAAUGGUGUUUACAAGGGACUCAACUGCCUUUGGAAAGGAAACACUGCAGAGUUUCAGAAGCAUAUUGAAGAUGAACAUGGAGAAUUAAUAAUUAAUCCACCAUUUUUAGAAGAACUACCUAAACAAAACCAAAUCUACUUUAGUUAUGUAAAUAAGAUAUUAGUUAUGAUUGUUAUUUUAAAGGAAAGUGAUAAUAAGUAUUUCUCUUGUGUAUUCUUUAAUGGCAGUGAUGUUGAAACACAGUACUAUAAGUAUCAAGUAGAAUUAAUAGAUGAAAGUAAAACCAGUUCCAUUAUAUUGCGAAAAUAUAGACUUGAACCUUAUGGAAAUUUUUUGGCUAUCUUAGCUGAUAAGAAAAAGUUGCUGGAGAUAAAUUUGGAAGUAGUGAAGCCUAUGAUUAAUCAACAAGGAAAAAUAUUCUCAGCUAGAUUUGGCAUUACAAUGAAAAAUAAAAGAGAUGUAAACCAAAUUGCCAAGGACAAUAAUGUCACAAGCUGCAAGAUUCCUAAAAUGGCUCCAAGCAAUACAAAACACCGCGUUCCUGAUGAAAAUCUUCUUGCGGAAUUAGAAUGUCCUGUUUGCAAUGAAUAUAUGGUACCACCGAUUUACAUAUGUGGUAAUGGUCACAGUCUGUGUAACGAAUGUAUUGAAAAAGUUCAAUGCUGUCCCAAUUGUCGAACUUCCUUAGCCACUAAAACACGAAACUAUACAGUAGAGAAACUGACAACUAAAGUGAAUUAUCCGUGUAGACAUCGAGAUAUCGGCUGUGGUUUUUCAACAACAUCCGACAACAUUCGGGAACAUGAAAAGAACUGUGAUUUGGCAGAUACCGAUUGUAUUUUUAAGUGUGGCGAGAAAUUUACAAGAUCAAACCUUCUGAACCAUAUUAACACUGCACACAAAGAUGGCGUGAUACAGCUCAACGUUGUUAAUACUUUAAAUAUAUUACACAAGAAAGAGAUUACACUUGUUGUAUCAGCUUUUGGAGAGAUGUUUAGACUGAGUAUAAAAACAGUACAAUCCGCUGCAACGAGUCCAGAAUACAUUUUCAAAUUGAAUGUUCAGCACAUGGAAGACGUAAAUCCGCCUUCGGUAUAUCGUUACAGAUUCGACUUUAUUGACCAAAGCGACGAAGGUAGAAGUACCACCAUAAUGAGUACUACCCAACCGAUAUCUGAAAAACCACUGAAAUUAGCUCAUGUGACCGUACCGCACCACGUCAUCAAAGCAGCUACAAAAGAUAAUAAGCUGCAUUACAGAUUUAACGUGUAUAUUGCUAAACGGAAAAGAAUAUCAUCUGUGUAAUGUUGACUAGGCUGUUAGUAUUUUUUUAUUAUAAGCAUAGCAUACAGUAAAUGUUUUUAAUCUUGUUUGGUAUUUUCUUUGAGCAUAUACAGUGAGCGCGUAAAGGUUGGAAUAAAUUCAUUUUUUCAUGAAUGGGCGAUUUUGGAAAUAAAUCCCAAAACAGGUUGAUAUAUUAUCUUAUCUUAUUUUUUAAAUUAUGACUGUUUGGCAUAUACAGGGUGUUAGUAAAUAAGUAUGAAAAACUUUAAGGGGUAAUUCUACAUGAAAAAAUAAUGACAGUUUGCUUCAUAAACAUAUGUCCGCACAUGCUUUGUUUCCGAGAUACGCGGUGUUGAAAUUUUUUAUUUCAAGCUGCAAAUUUUUUUAUUACUCUAAGGCCGUUUGAGCUUUGGAAAUUAAAUUUGGUGGGUUUUAAGAGGUAGUUGUUGCGCAUCUUUUGAUGUACAAAUAACAAUUUUGUAUUCAUCAUUGGCGCGUACUGGUAAUGGUCUGAAUUUUUUUAAAGAAAGAAAUAUUACGCGGCUGAGAUAUUUUAAAUUAAAAAUUAUUUUUGUAUUCCACGUUUAAUUUAUGAAAAACAACCUUUCUCAUAUUCUUUUCAUAUGGUGCACCGUUUUUAUGGAAAAAAAAUGAAACAUCUUCGCGCGUAUUUUUCAUUUCAUAAUACAUUAUCAAGAACUCUCCAAUAUAAUAAUACCAAACUAGAACAAUAACAGAAAAUAUUUCUAAAAAGAUUUUAAAUUGUGCAAGGCUACAAAAAUUUUUUCAAAAUUACCUCCUUUAAAGGUGACAGAGUAAUUUUAUAUUCACCAUUGGCGCGCGUACGUGUAAUUGCCUGAAUUUUUAAAGAAAAAAAUAGUACGCCACUGAGAUAUGUCAAAUUAAAAAUCAUUUUUUAAUUCCUCAUUCAAUUUACGACUAAAAAUCGUUCCUGUCUUUUUUUCAUGAGGCGCCAUUUUUAUGCAUAAAAAUAAAACAUCUUAACGUUUACAAAGUAUUUGAAUAAAAAUUUCUAUUAUGUUAUCUACCUCGAAUAAUUUGUAAGCGUUAAGACGUUUUAUUUUUUUGUAUAAAAAUGGCACUCCAUAUGAAAAAUAGAUAAGAAUGAUUUUUUGUCGUAAAUUGAACGAGGAAUUCAAAAAUGAUUUUUAAUUUGACGUAUCUCAGUGGCGUACUAUUUUUUUUUAAUUCAGACCAUUACCUGUACGGGCGCCAAUGGUGAAUAUAAAAUUAUGCUGUCACCCGUAAAGGAGGUAAUUUUAAACAUUUGUUGUAGCUUUGCACCUAGUUAAAAUCUUUUUAGUAAUAUUUUCUGUUAUUGUUCUACUUUGGUCUUAUUAUAUUGGAGAGUUCUUGAAUGUAUUAAGAAAUGAAAAAUACGCGCGAAGAUGUUUUAUUUUUUCGCAUAAAAACGGUGCACUAUAUGAAAAAAAUACAAGAAAGGUUCUUUUUCAUUAAUUAAACGCGAAAUACAAAAAUUAUUUUUAUUUUGAAAUAUCUCAGUGGCGUACCAUUUUUUAUUUAAAAAAAUUCAGACCAUUACCCGUAGGCGCGCCAAUGAUGAAUACAAAAUUAUUAUUUGUUUGUCAAAAAAUGCGCAAUAACUACCUCUUAAAACCCACCAAAUGUAAUUUUCAUAUCUCAACCUGUCUUGAGCAAUAAAAAAAUUGGCAGUUUGAAAUAAAAAUUCUAACACCCUGUAUCUCGGAAACGAAGCAUUUGCGGACAUAUAUUUUAUAAAGCAAACUAUCAUUAUUUUUUCAUGUAGUCACCCCUUAAAGUUUUUCAUACUUAUUUACUAACACCCUGUAUACCAUACUAGUGAUGUCAUCUAUCUGGGAGUGAUUACGUAAUCGAUGCCUUUUUAAAGCGAGAAUAGGGGUCGUGUGCUAGCAUUAAAUUAAUUGACACAAAAAGAAGAACGAAUGUAAUUUAUUUAAUUCGAAAUACAUUUUACUGCUGUCGAAAAACAAAAAAUGUAAAAGCAUUGUUUAUUUGUAAAAUAAUUGUUUUUCUGUUUUCCGACAGCAAUAAAAUGUAUUUUGAAUUAAAUAAAUUACAUGCAUUAUUAUUCUUUUGUUCGCCCUUCACCACUAUGUGGUAAAAAGUUUGUUUGAAAAUAUAUAUUAUUCUUUUGUGUCAAUUAAUUUAAUUCAAUUUUUUUUGGACACCUUGUAUAAAUAAUGAUGUUUAUAUUACUAGAGAAUUGAAUACUCUUUUAAAUAAGCUAGCACACGACCACUAUUCUCAUUUAAAAAAUCAUCGAUUACUUUACCAUGCCCAGACGGAUGAUGUCACUCGCAUGUAUAUGCCAAAAAAUCAUAAU